GUUGGAUCGCGCCGAUUCUGAUCUUCGCCAAAAUCUUCCUUCAGGACCUUUGGUUGGCCGGCUGUGGAUGGGACGACGCCCUUACUCCCGAGCUGGCGGCGGCCUGGGGACGCUUCCGUGAGUCACUACCCGGACUUGAAGCGGUGGGGCUGCCUCGCUGGCUCGGUGCGCUCGUGGAGGACGAUGUCGAGCUACACGGCUUCUCGGACGCGUCGGAGAGGGCAUACGCGGCGGUGGUCUAUACGCGGGUUACCAGGCGGGAUGGCGGCGUUCUGGUGAGUCUUUUGACGGCGAGAACCAAGGUGGCUCCGGUCAAGACCCAGAGCGUGCCACGCCUGGAGCUGUGUGGCGCGGUUUUCUUGGCCCGAUUGCUGGAUCGGCUGGUGCGGGGGCUUGGCCAGAGGGCAAUUCCCGUUGUCGCAUGGACGGAUGCGCAGGUGGUCUUAUGCUGGCUGCGAGGACACGCCUCGCGAUGGAAACCCUUUGUGGCUCAUCGCGUGGCCGAGGUGCAGGGACUGGUGCCUGGCGAUAGAUGGAGAUACGUGCCCACCGGGUCCAAUCCGGCGGACCUCGCGACCAGAGGAGUUCCGGUUUCGGAGCUCGGGGGACUGGAUCUAUGGUGGAACGGACCGAAGUGGCUACGAGAGGCAUCGGCCUACUGGCCUGAAUCAGUGGGUCGAGAGGUAACGAUCGAAGCCGAACAGGAACAGCGUUCGGUCCAUCUGAUCGCCGGAGGAGCUGCCGAAAGUCAAAUCGAGGAGCGAUUCUCUUCCCUGUCUCG